AUGUCCACUCUCACUCUGCAUAGUAACACCACCGACUCUACGGCCGAGUCUGGCCUUCAGGUCUUACCUGCCCACACCCUGCUAAGGGUCACCCUGCUCUCAGCCAUCCUCGGCACCUCGCUGUUAGGGAAUGGCCUAGUGCUGUCUGUGUUCCAGAGCAAACCACAGCUUCUGCACGUAGCCAACCGUUUCGUAUUCAACCUCCUGCUGGCGGACCUGCUCCAGACGGUGGUGGUGAUGCCACUGGUGAUCGCGGGCAGUGUACCAGGCAUGCAGCCACUCAACAGAGGCCUCUGCAUGGCCCUGGUGGUCUUAGCACACCUCUUUGCCUUUGCUGGUGUCCAUACCAUCGUGGUGGUCUCCAUUGACCGGUACCUGGCAAUCAUCCACCCCCUGUCCUAUCCCUCGCGAAUGACUACCAGGAGAGGUAGCCACCUCAUAGCUCUCACCUGGCUGCUGGGCAUGGUGCAGAGUACCCCGCCACUGUACGGAUGGGGACAGGUGACUUUUGAUGGCCACGCCUUCUGCAGCCUUGCGUGGUCUUCCAGCCCUUCCUACUCGUUGAUGACCACACUGCUCGGCUUCUGGCUCCCUGCCCUCAUCAUGCUGGGCUGCUACUGGAUGGUGUUCCGUGCAGCUCGCCGGCAGAAUGCACUAGUUCACCCAGCCCAUUCCAAUGGCCCACCACGGGGCUGGUCUUGCACCAACACUUCCGCCCACAGCUCUGGAGUCAGGAUUCGGACGCGCCGCUCUCUUUGCCACUGCAAGGCAGCCAGGGUGGUUUGUGUCAUUAUGUCCUCCUUCCUACUCAGCAUGGGGCCCUACAGCAUCCUGGGCACCAUGUCCAUUAGCAGGGCCCCCAGCCCACCCUCCUGGCUCAGUACUGUUGCCCUGGUCCUCUUCUACAGCCAGUGCUCCGUCCAUCCCUACAUAUAUGGGUACCUGCACAGGAGCAUCAGGAGAGAGUUCCUCCGCCUGUUAACUAGCUCCUGCAGUGGUUUGCUGCAACCCAGGGCCUUGCCACUCCACGGUCACCUCACCACCAUGGCCAGGAAGGUUCUCCGUCCUCACUGCACCUCGGGCGCCUCUCGGGCCUGUGCCCUGAGGUGCUGGGCGGAGGAGCCUGCCACUGCACUAACUCCUAUGGACCUGAGCGGUGCUCAGAGCCCCCAGGGCUGCCGUAGGGAGACUGUCUCAACCAGCUGCAGCUCACAGAACGAACUUCCUCUCUUGCCCAGCCAGGCAUCAGGCAAGGGACGGGACUGGACUGAGGCAGAACGAUACAGUUAA